AACGCACAGCAGACAGCACGAUGGCCGAAAGAGUCCACCCCCGCGGUUCACCACCAUCCUCCGAUGAACGUCCGUCUCCAAAACCUGCACCGACUAUGGAGGAUAAGCCUAUUCCACAACCCGGAACUUACGUCAUCCAAAUCCCCAAGGACCAAGUCUACCGCGUCCCUCCUCCGGAGAACGCCCGCCGUUACGCUCAUCUUUCCAAACGUAAGUCCAGCCGCGGCACCUGUUUCCGCUGCUGUUGCUGCUUCUUGACCACGAUCCUCUCUCUCCUCCUCGCCGCCGCCAUUGCUGCCGCCGUGAUCUAUUUCGUUUUCAAGCCCGAAGCUCCGAACUACUCCGUUGAUAACGUGGCCAUCAAGGGAUUCAACCUGACAUCACCGUCUCCGCUCAAUCCAGAAUUCGACGUCACCGUCCGAGCACACAAUCCCAACGACAAAAUCGGCAUUUACUACGAGAAAGGCAGCUCCGUUAAAAUCUACUACGAAGGCGUUAACCUCUGUAACGGCGCCUUGCCGGCUUUUUACCAGCCGACCAAUAACGUAACAUUGUUCAAAACUGCAUUAAAAGGCUCCCGUAUCGAACUAACCAACGCCACGCUUAGGUCCCUUUCCAAUGGUCAGAAGCAGGGAACGGUGCCGUUUACUUUGAAGCUGAGGGCGCCGGUUAAGAUUAAAGUUGAAUCCAUUAAGACAUGGAAAAUUACUGUUAAAGUGACGUGCAAGUUAACGGUCGACAAGUUAACGGCGGCGUCCAAGAUUGUAUCAAAGGAUUGUGAUUAUGGAGUUGAUCUUUGGUAAUGUUUGGAUUAUAGUUGGGUGUUUGAUUUCAGGGAUAA